UUUUUAUUGAAUUUUACACAAUGUCCAAACCUUCUUACAUUAAAACUUUUAAAGGUGGAUUUUCCUUUGAAAAUUGUGCAAGAAAUCAACUUCUAUAUUCUAAAGGCUUUGAGGCACCUCCCGCCAGGAAGACUGGUACCACUAUAUGUGGAUUGAUUUUUAAGGAAGGGGUAGUACUUGGAGCUGAUACACGGGCAACCGACGAUACCACUGUUGCUGACAAAAAUUGCGAGAAAAUACAUUAUCUUGCUCCUAACAUUUACUGCUGCGGGGCGGGAACUGCGGCAGACACUGAGAAUGUAACUUUAACGGUUUCUGCACAACUAAACUUGCACCGGUUAUCCUCUAAUCGUGAAUCCAGAGGCGUUACCGCUUGUCGCCUAUUAAAGCAGAUGCUCUUUCGUUAUCAAGGCUAUCUUAGCGCUGCUCUUGUCUUGGGGGGCGUGGACUUGAAUGGCCCUUUUAUUUACAGCAUUUACCCACACGGAAGCUCUGACAAGCUUCCCUACGCAACGAUGGGCUCCGGAUCGUUGGCGGCCAUGGCGGUUUUCGAGUCCGGAUAUAGGCCAAAUUUGGAGCUCGAAGAGGCAAAGGCCCUCGUCUCAACUGCCAUCAAAAGCGGAAUUUUUAAUGAUUUGGGUUCGGGCAGUAACGUUGAUCUCUGCGUUAUCACUCGAGACGGCGUGAGCUACCUGAGAAACGUCGAAAAACCCGUUUGUAAACCUCCUAGGGGCAAGUCCUACCGUUAUCCACUCGGCAUCACGCCCGUUCUUUCCUCAUGUGUCCUGCAACUGAGUGACGUUGAUAUUGAAACAGAAGUUACCUCAAUGGAAAUAGAUUAG